GCAAGCACAAAGCCUGUAAAAUUCCCCAAGUAAAAAAAAAGGCCUGUAAUAUUGAGCCCAAUUCAUCCUUUGCUAUUGGAAAGUCCGACGGAAAAACCGAACCGGGAAAACAUCAAUCUCCAGAACUCGCAGACCCACCGACAGCAAUUGGUUUUCCGGCGAAUUCGAAAAAUGAGAGCUGCCGUCGAUCUUUACCGGAAGAGUUUAAGCCGCACUCUAUGGAGGAAUGGGAGAUUCUACUGUACGGACCAGAGCUCCAGAGUUAAAAUUUUUGACCGCAAUCUCAAGCGCAAACAACGAGAUAGAGCCGCGUGGAUAUUGCGCCCCGGGGAUUCUUUGGUGGAUGCAGUAGCUGAGAAUUUGCUGGAUCGGUUGGAGGACUGUAAAAAGACAUUUCCUUCAGCGUUAUGCAUGGGGGGUUCUUUGGAAGCAAUUAGGCGGCUGUUGAAUGGGCGUGGUGGCAUUAAAAAGCUUCUAAUGAUGGAUGCUUCAGUUGACAUGGUGAAAUUAUGUGAGCAGGCUGAAAUAAAUUCACCAAACAAAAAUGUUGAAACAUCUUUCGUUGUUGCUGACGAAGAGUUUUUGCCUGUGAAGGAAAGCUCCCUGGACCUGGUUAUUAGUUGUUUGGGACUUCAUUGGACAAAUGAUCUUCCUGGAGCCAUGAUACAGAGUAGAUUGGCUCUUAAGCCCGAUGGCUUAUUUCUGGGAGCUAUUCUUGGUGGAGAGACUUUAAGAGAGCUAAGAAUAGCGUGCACUGUGGCUCAAAUGGAACGUGAAGGAGGAAUCAGUCCUCGGUUGUCACCUUUGGCCCAGGUACGUGAUGCAGGAAAUCUUCUAACUAGGGCAGGAUUCACCCUUCCUGGAGUUGAUGUUGAUGAAUAUACUGUGAGAUAUAACAGCGCUCUGGAGUUGAUAGAGCAUCUUCGAAGUAUGGGUGAAACUAAUGCUCUGUUGCAAAGGAACAAAAGUCUAAAGAGGGAUACUGCACUGGCUACAGCAGCCAUUUAUGAAGCAAUGUUUGGUACAGAAGAUGGCACCAUCCCAGCAACAUUCCAGGUCAUAUUUAUGACUGGAUGGAGGGAGCACCCGUCGCAGCAAAAAGCUAAGAAGAGAGGAUCCGCCACUGUAUCUUUCAAGGACAUCAAGAAGGAGUUUGGUGGUGAUACUUAGUGUGUCGAGAUUUUGUUUGAGAAGAAGAAGAAAGCUCGUUCGAGGCUUUAGGGUGUGGGCACUCCCUUUCUUUUCUUUGAGAGGCGCUAGUUGGGCCAUGGAGUUCAAGAUCUUUUAGUACACAAAGAUGAGGAGGAAGAAUGAGAAGAGAAAGAACCAAACACAAGAUUUUCGGGAAAAUUAAACAAUUUUUUCAGUGUGUGGAAUUGUUUCCUUUGAUGUAAUAAAUUGAUUAUCAUAUAGAUAGUUACUAGUACUACUUACUAUAUACUGGCUAUAAUCUUAUGCAUUUGGAGGGUUGUAAGUUUAACGUAAUGGCCCAUUUGAUAUGUUGUAUCAUUAUUAUUUUGUUAA